UAGAUUAAAGACGAUCUUUGUUGCCUCCAUCAGUCUGCAGCAGCAUCCGGAGCUUUCAGCCAUUUUCCACCUGUUUCAUUUGGCUGCAGAAUACGAUCCUCCUCGCCUUCGACACCGGCUGUCGUCACACCCCUCUCCGCUGGACCAGCUGUUGGGAUGCAGACAGUGUUCGGACAGAUGAGCGAGCAGCACCCGGUAAAUCUGUGCUGGAGUCCGCUAGAGCUGAACCGGUGAAGCAUCAUGGGCAGUGGCUGAUGAUCAAACCAACUACGGGCCAACUGCUGACACACCAACUUGGCAUGGAUCAGGCUUCAAGUUUAAAUUCUCUGAAGAAGCUGGCAGCGGAACCAGACUACACUGACGUGACGUUGACAGCAGCAGAGCGUGUGCGAGCUCUGGCAAAAAUGGGAUGCUGCAUAGAAAUUAAUGAGGAUAUUGAACCCAGACGCUACUUCCGCUCCGGAGUGGAGAUGGAGCGCAUGGCAGCAGUUUACCUGGAGGAGGGCAGCCUGGAGAAUGCAUAUGUCCUCUACACCAAGCUCAUCACGCUGUUUGUGGAGAAGUUGCCAAACCACAGGGAUUACAAACAGUGUUCGGCCAUCCCAGAAAAGCAGCUCAUCAUGAAGAAACUCCAAGAAGUCGCUUUUCCUCGGAAGGAGGCGCUGAAAAAACGUCUUCAGGAGAAAUACACCAAGGAGCAUUCAGAGUACCUCAGAGUGCAGGGCCAGGCCAUGAAGGUGGAUGGGUGUGGUCAGCACCUGCAGCAGCUCUCUUUGUUGGACGAGGACAGACAGCGCCUCUUGCUGCUGGAGGAGGAGAAGCAGCGAGUAGCAGCACUGCGACGGAUGCAGAUAGAGUCAGAACAGUUUCGCUACUUUGAGGAUCAGCUGAGGCGUCAGGAGCUGGCUAAUAAGAGAGGAGAGGAGGCAAUGCUGAAGGUGCAGACCAAAGUGCCUGAGGUCUCAGAUGGCUGCUGUUUGUCUAAGCAGUCGAUCAAAAGCAGCGUAUAUUCUCAGAGGGUGGACCCAAACAGAAACAGGUCUGUGACUGUGACCCAACCAGUUGCGGCGUUAGCAGGAAUACACAAUCAGAGGGUGGAGGGUCUGAGGCGGGUGGUGAUUCCCAGAGAUCUGACGUAUCGGUUCCUCCUGCUGGCUGACUCCAACACGGCCAGAGGAAUAGAAACCUGCGGUGUCCUCUGUGGACGGUUGACCCAUAACGAAUUUGUGCUGACUCAUGUGGUGAUCCCAAAACAAUCAGCUGGACCGGAUUUCUGUGACAUGGAAAAUGUGGAGGAGCUGUUUGGAUUCCAGGACCAACAGAACCUGCUAACAGUGGGGUGGAUUCAUACCCAUCCCUCCCAGACUGCAUUCCUGUCCAGUGUGGACCUCCACACUCACUGUUCCUACCAGCUGAUGCUUCCGGAGGCGCUGGCCAUUGUUUGUGCUCCAAAACACAAUGAUAUGGGUGUGUUCAGACUCACUGGUGCGGGCAUGUUGGAAGUUUCUCGAUGCAGACAAAAAGGUUUCCAUCCCCACUCCAAGGAGCCUCCUCUGUUCAUGGUCUGUAAGCACGUGGUGGUCAAGGACUACAAACUCAACCUGUUGGACCUCAGAUGACAGAAGGAAAGCACUGCCCUUCUGUUUACUGCCAUGCUUUUGUGCUAAAGAGGAAGCUGUAAACUCAUUGCCUUUGUUUGUGUGAACCUAUCGGCUGCUCUCACAGUGGCACAUCUCUGUUUUUCUGCUUCUUGUAUGUGAUGCAGUAGACUGGGUUUUCUGUACCUAAAAAACAUCAGAAGUCAUCAGAAGAUUGAGUGCCUUCAUAUUGAAAUAUACAGUACAAAUUAUGCUGCAACCCUAUGGACUUUAUAUGAACAUAUAUUUCCUGAAUCUGCUGUGAAAUGUUAUUUUUUUUCACUCGUGUUUUAAACACAAUAGUUGGGAUUUUCCUCUUCAGUGGUGUUAGAAAAACACCAAAACCUUUUGAAAAUACUAUGUUUUGUUUUUUACUCUUCAAUUUUUGAUCCUCUGAAAAGCUCAGAAACCUGCAGCUGAUCUGUUCAGACUUUGCAUCUAUGUGAGACAUGAGAACAUCAAAUUCAUAACUGAAGAUCAUAAAUAGUCAGUCUACAGGUUUCCCUUUUGUGUUCAUGGUUUUACCUCAAAUUAACAGGCUAGCUGCAGUUGCAUAGAACCCAUAGAGCUCUGCCUGAAAACAGUACUCAGGACUUUAACAAUGCUGUAAGCUACAGUCAUAAAGCGACUGUAGCUUUAUGAACGACUCAGUUGAUCCAGUUAGUGUUCUGAAAGAAUAAAUAUAGUUCAUUCUUGAUGUGGCAAAGUCAAAAUGAGGCCCUAAUAUUUUAAUCAGUUAGUUACCAUAGAAACCUCAAGUCUGCUGGUCACUCUGGGCUGACUGGACCGCUCACACCAUGGUAACUCUUAGUCCACAGGUCACCUACAGUAUGUCAACAGCAAAAUCUGAAAUAAUGUAAAACUAUUUACUGCCAAAGAAACAGAAAGUUUUAAUUAUUUCUACAUAUAAUUACCCAACCUACACACAAGUAAUAAUAAUAGAUUUUAUUUAUGAUGGACUUUAUGAUAAAUGGUCUGUAUGUUCAGACCAUUCAGUCAUUUACCCAUUCACACACUGAUGGUGGCAAGCUAGAGGAUUGUGGCCCCAGCUGCCCUGGAGCACACUGACAGAGGAGAGGCUGCCAUGCACCAGCGCCACCAGGCAAGGUGAGUUAAGUAUCUUAACUAAAGACACAAUGACAGAAGAGGAUGGAGCAGGAAUCAAACUGGCAACCUAUCAAUUGCAAGACAAAUGCCUACAACCAUUGCCACUAUUAAUCCUUUUUAUCUUAAGAUCCAAAAGGUGUGUAUAUGUCAGGGAUUAACUGAGGAUUUUCUGUAUUUGAACUUUUUUAAAAAGAAAAAACCCCCUGAAAAUUCGAAGCCCAUCCAUCAUUUGGACAGAUUAUAAUUCACAUCCUUGACUGGUGCAUACUGCGAUGGACUGGCGACCUGUCCAGGGUGACCCCGCCUCUCGCCCGAAACAUUCGCUGGAGAUAGGCACCCGUGCCCUCCUGACCCCACUAGGGAUAAAGGUGUAAGAAAAUGGAUGGAAGGAUUGACAGGUGCAUAUGGCCAGACAUGAUAAACAUAUACAACUAAAGUAUUUAAGGGCAAUAAAAAGAGCACUUUGAUUGAUAUGCCCCCUUUUUAGUUUUUUUUCUACAUUUUUUGUUUCAGAAAUUUGCAUUUUGUUUAUUAUAACCAGUGAGAGAAACUAAUCUUAUUUUUCUGAUGAAAAUACAGAUGAAACAUUUUAUACUAAAAUCAGUUAAUAACAUUAAAAAUUUGGAAAUUUGAAAAUCUAUCUAGUAAAUGUUUAUAUGGAAUUGAGUUUAAAGAAAUAAAUGAAAAUCUGCAGCAUUUUUGUUGUAGAAUAAAUGUCUUUUUCUGUAUGGAUUAGAGCCUUAUACGGAAACUGCAUACUGAAUGUAUAUCUCUUGACAUUUCUUUAAACCUGCUAAAUGACAUUUACCAGAACUGACCUUUGUCUCAUAUUCAUAUUACAAACUUUUUGUGUACAUUUUUUUCAAUGAUGUGCAUUGACAAAGAGAAUACUGUAAUCUCACCAGCAGAUGGCGAACAACAACCUUUUUUUAUAAGGGAAAAAUUGAAAAGAAAUCUAAAAAAUUUUAGCCAACCAAUCUUAGAUAUUUACUUACAAAGAGUUCCGUUUUGGUGACUAUCAUCAAUGGAGUCUCAUGCUCUUUGUCAACUUAGAUGCUUAUUUACCUAACCGACUAACGUAAGAGAGGGUAAACGCCACCGGAAGAGUGGGGAGGGAGAGAAACCUAAGUGAGAGCGGGGAUUGACGUAAAUAACGUGAGGGGGGGGGGGGGCACAAUACUAAUAAGGGGUAAAAAACGGUACCUUCCCAGAAAAACGGGAGACUUCACGGAUAUGACUUGGUGCCCCCGGCAGCACAAACAUGUCAGAAUUGCUGUACUUCCAGGAACUACGAAAGCAACAGCUCCCUCUUUUUUUUUUUUUUUUACCUUUAUGACACUGCCUUACAUGAACAUAAAAAAUAAAUUACAGUUUUACUCACAGACAAAAUGGUUAUGUAAAAACAUUUUAAGAUUUGAGUGCCGAACAGCGCGGCUAAUUAUGGCUAGCACAUAUGAGCAAAUAAACAAUAAUAAUUCGGCCUAAAAUACGGUCAGUUAAUAACUGUUUUAAAUUGAAGGUAGGAAAAGUGUUAUCUAUCUUUUAUACCAUUUGUAAAAUCAUGUCUUGCUGUGGGUUGCUUUGGCUCAUUUCAUAUAAAUGAGGAACUAUUACAUACAAUAAUACAAAAUUGACCAAAAUUAACAACUUUCGUUGUUAAAACGUUAUUGCCAUCGUAAUUCACUUAUUUAAUCCGAAUCUCGUGCUGCUCAGAAGGAAUGGCAGUGGGCACAGGAUCUUUGAAAAACUAAAAUAACAUGUUAAAACAUACAUUUAAAUUCUAACUGUAUUUUAAGUACAAUGUGAGUGAUGUAAUUUUGGAUAUUUUAGUUUUUUAGUUUGGAACAACUUAAACGUUUGUUAUGACUUUGUGUAGAAUUAAAUCAAAGAGAUGUGAACUAUUAAUUAGAAAAAAAUAAAUGAUUUGAGAAACAGUGACUUAAAUUUGUCAUGUUAAACACAUUGAAUUUGGUUAAAAGAAAACUUAAUGAAUUGAGUUGGAUGAUCACAAUAUACUGAGUUGGAUGAACAUAAUAAAUUGAGUAGGUUUAACUUAGUAAAUUGAGUUGGAGAGACAUAAUAUUGAUUUGGAUAAGUUGAAUUGUUACUAAUUGAAACAAUUCAAUAAAGUUGGUUCAACUAUUUUCUUUUUUCAGUGAGCUUCUGGCGAAGCUUACGUCAUGAGUCUGAUGCAGGAUUGCAUCAGACUGGCAUUGAACUCAAUUAUUUCAAGUAAAGUCAAAGUAAAAAGUUCCUUUAAGUUAGAGAUUUGUAACUUUUAAAUUAAUUGAAUAUAAAAAAUGUAAGUCAUCACUAAACCAAAAAAAAAAUUAAGUGAGAUUAAUGUAAAUAAUUAACUACAGCCUAAAUACACUUUUUAGAGUGCAGUAAUCUACAAUCUAUAAUUUUUUGUUUUAUUAAUCUUAAGAUUUUUGUGAAAUUAACUUAAAGUGCAUCCUUGUUUUGAGUUGAUUUUUUCCCUGGUUUUUACCAGCUUUCUUUGUAGGUCCUCACUAAUACAUAUAAAUACUUCUUUCCCUUUGACUUCUGAUAAUUCUGAUACUCUGUUUCAAAUUCAUCAAAUAGUUCUCAUCUGUUCUAUUUAGACAGUAAUGUCAAAGAAAAAGGUAUUUAUUUCUCCUCUAGUGUUAGACCCACAUGUUGUUUUGUUUUGGUUGUAUUUACCCAGAACGUAUUCUACUUUUAGAGCGGUUAGCAUCCUCAUGUACUUUUGAACUGUGCCAGAGUUCAUUUUCAAACUGAGACCGUUUUUAGGCAGACCAGAAUUUGCUCUUUAGGUCCACAUCAGGGUUUGAUUGUGCAUUCACUCUUCCCCAAAUGAAUCAGACUAAUCAAGGUACUCGGGUAAUCAAGGUAAAGUUCCAAAGGGGACUAAAAAGGCCUGGUGCGAAUGCACCCUUAAUGUCUCUGUGGAAAGAUUCAAACAUAUAGGCUACAUUUAGCCAACAAGUCCUCAUCUUCUAAUGAUUUUGGGACAGAUUAUUUUAUGUAGAGCCUUAUCAGUUUAAUCUGUUCCAGACUUGAAAUCCCAACUGGACUGGAUCAGACUCUCAUUCUGAAACCAAACAUCGGACUUCCUACAGUUUAUUAUUAUAAUGACCACAUCAUAUCAAGCAGAGACAGACCCCAUCCUGCACCACUCUGUUCCUCCUGCUUUGUGUAAAUUCCCAGCAGGAAACACUUCACGGUCUGGGCUAAACUGGGAAAAGAAAGUCCCGAAAUUUAGAAGAUGAAGACUUGUUGGAAAAUUCCAAAAGGAAGUGAUUGUAAGCCAACAAAUCAUGAACACAGUUUACAUAGCAACAGUUUACAUACCAUGUUUUGAAUUCUGGAUCGAGGAAGUAUUUCUCAUUCUUCCAUAGCACCUUUCAUUUUUGAGCACUGAAAUCAGCUGCACAAAUGUUGAAAACUUUCUCUUUGGUUAGCUUGAUAGCGAUCUUGAAUUGUCCAGUUCAACAACCAAACAUUUAUGCUACAAUGUUUGUAUUUGUGUGAAAGUCUUAACUUUAAAUUAGUUGAUUCUCCUGGUUGGCCCUGUAUGUGUCUGAGGGUUUUUUGGCUUCAUAAUGGCAUGUUUGAUAACAACAAUUAUAACUUGUCAAUGUU